CUUUGUUGUACUGUCAGCAUAGUUCAUUUUUUGCAUUGACGUGGAUUGAGUGAGUUGCAGCUUUGUGUCGCUUGCCAGGAGGCUUUUAAUCAAGAUGUCGGCUAGUAUAGCCGUUCCGAACAAGAGGAAAGAGAUCUAUAAAUACGAGGCACCAUGGACGCUUUACAGUAUGAAUUGGAGCGUUCGUCCAGACAAAAGGUUUCGUCUGGCCGUGGGGAGUUUCGUCGAAGAGUACAAUAACAAGGUGCAAAUUGUUUCUCUUGAUGAAGAAACGUCAGAUUUUGUUGCCAGGAACACAUUUGAUCAUCCAUACCCAACUACAAAGAUCAUGUGGAUUCCAGACAGUAAAGGGGUGUUUCCAGAUCUUGUGUCAACCAGUGGAGAUUACUUGAGAGUGUGGAGAGUCGGAGACACUGAAACCAGAUUGGAAUGUCUUCUAAAUAAUAACAAAAAUUCAGAUUUCUGUGCGCCGCUGACAUCGUUUGACUGGAAUGAGGUGGAUCCCAAUUUACUAGGAACCUCAAGCAUUGACACAACAUGUACAAUAUGGGGUCUAGAAACGGGACAAGUAUUAGGAAGAGUGAAUCUUGUAUCGGGACAUGUCAAAACACAACUCAUUGCACAUGAUAAGGAGGUUUAUGAUAUAGCGUUUAGUAGGGCAGGAGGUGGGCGUGACAUGUUUGCAUCGGUCGGAGCAGAUGGCUCUGUUCGAAUGUUUGAUUUACGCCAUUUAGAACAUUCCACUAUUAUUUAUGAAGAUCCACAACAUCAUCCACUGCUAAGACUUGCAUGGAAUAAACAAGACCCUAACUACCUAGCGACAAUGGCCAUGGAUGGGUUUGAGGUUAUUAUCCUUGAUGUGCGGGUACCUUGCACACCAGUAGCAAGACUUAACAAUCACAGAGCAUGUGUUAACGGCAUUGCAUGGGCACCGCAUUCAUCGUGUCACAUUUGUACAGCAGCUGAUGACCACCAAGCAUUGAUAUGGGACAUUCAACAAAUGCCACGUGCCAUAGAAGACCCAAUUCUAGCGUACACCGCUGAAGGAGAAAUCAAUCAAAUACAGUGGUCAUCAACGCAACCAGACUGGAUCGCCAUUUGUUACAAUAAUUGCCUUGAAAUUCUCAGAGUAUAAACAAAAAUAGACAAAGAAAAUAUAUUGUUCUCAAGGACCGCCUCUGAUUCUUCCUUUUAAUAUACAAUUUCUUCCGUGGUUAGACAAGUUUAACAUGCGUAACUCACCAUGUUGGGUGUAUCGUUUGCAUUAGCUGUUAACAGGACCUCCCUGUGUGCAAUGGUACAAGAACAUUAGCUAAUCAUGUCUGCAUUUCUUUCCUCCAAAUUUCUGUAUUCCAGGAGCCUCCAACUGUAAAUAUUUUUUUAAAUGCAGAAAUAAAUUAUUUUAACUGCCACCUCGAUGGAAAAAAAUAAUACUUGUAAUGAUUCCCACAUGUUUCAGCAUUAAAGCUCCAUGUGUAGUUGAGUUUCCUUUUUAUUUAAAUUACAGAAAUGCGUAGUGGAUUUUUACGGAAAUUGACAUACUAUGUUGCCUUUGUUAGAUUUGUUUACUUUUGUUUUAAUAUAAUUAGGGACAAUGUGGCAGAGGCUGGUAAUUACUCUUUGCAUAUUAAGAAGCUACACAACCCUCUCCUCUUUCAAAAAUGGAUUUGUAUUUAGGGAAAAUAAAACACGCUUCUGUUAAUGAGAUUGGUGCUUUUCAGCUUCCUUGUGAGAAGGGGAAAAUUAUGCGUUUAUUUCCUUGGGCAGUUUGUUGUGAAAGUUGGUCAACAUUUUUAAUUAACCUGUAUCGUAUAUAUGUCUAGUAGGAAAACGUCUUCAAUGACAAUGGAUCUAACGUAACAAUUGCAGCAUUCUCCUUCUAUAGUGGGAAUGGUGGCCAUCAUGACAUCAAUUGUUAAUAUAAUACAAUGUUGACACUCAGUUUAAUUAUUACCAAGUAGAAUACAGUAAUAACCAGCGAAUCCUUAUUAGUGUCUAAGUAAUAGUUACAGUGAAUUUCUUCACUUAUCCCUGCAUCCUCGAUGGUCUUGCGCAUUACAGUUGUGCUCCUGUCAUCAGUCUGACCUAAGUUGGAUUUGGUUUUUGUGAGUGAGACGGUGGAUAGUAAGACGAGUUUUGAAUACUGUCACUUUGACCGGGUUGCGUUAUCUCACUGGUGUUAUCGUCGAUUGGCAAUAUUUGUGUGCCAAAAAAAACUAUAGACUUCUAUUGUUGGGGAUAUUGUAAUGUGGUUUGGUCACCACACUGGUCAAGUUGGGCAUUUUAAUAUCAUUAGUAAUGGGACAAAACAGAAAUUACAAAAAGGCUGCAGGUUUUUACUUAGUAUAUAAGAAGACAUUAACUUUUUGGUCAAAAUGAAAUGUGUUUAAAUCAGUUUCAGGGUGUGUUAUUUUCAUUGCAAUCAAGACUUGGUAUGUUUAUCUUGUUUCGUCUUGUGAUUUUCCUUCAUAUUACAUAUCUUGAUAAGAUUUAGAUUAUAAUUAGGAGUUUUACAGAUUUCCUCCCCAAAGUUUGUAGCCUUGUAGUUUUACAGACUAUUCCCCCCCCCCCUCCCCCAAGUCAUACUUCUUUGUUGGUAUAUAUAUUUAAGUAGUCUAGGAUUUCAGUGGGGGUAUGAUUAUUAAACUAACCAGCAAUAGUUAAAAGGAUUCUGUGGUGCAUUUGAACUUUUAAAAGAAACUGUAUUUGCAUAUCAUUAACUUACUAAUUGUUUUUGAAGUAUAGUUCUAUAAUGCCAGUAUGUCUGCACGUCUGUCUUUAUAUGGUCAUUGUAUUGAGAAUAUUGGUAUUCAGCCAUUGUUUACUAGCUUUAAUGUUUGUUUACUUCACGAUUCACAAUUAUUACUGUUUUGUAUAUUUAAUUAAGAAUUUUGUUUUUGAAAAUAUUAUUAGGACUCCCUAACUUACUCUAACUGUAUUAAAAGCAGAAUAGUCGUCUAAACAAUGUUGUUGUUUUUUUGCAAACAUUGGAACAAGUCGUGUAUGACAUGAAGUACUGUUUCCUAUUGUGAUCUUAUCUCAAUUUUUUUGCCCGAAAUAUUUGUUUACACUAUCCUUAAAUUUGUUAUCAAUUUCUUGAGUUUUGACAAGAGUAUUCUGGUAAUAAUUGGGAUAAAUGGACAUGGUCAAUGCUCUACAUCGCUGUUGAUAUGGGUGCCAUAUGGCAUGUACAACACAUGUAAAAUUUAAAUGUGUGCUGGGCAGGGUGAAUAAUCACUGGCAUUCCAUCAUUUGGAUGAUUCAGCAAAACACGACAGUCAACCCAGUGAUGCUGUCGUUUUGAAAAACUACACAGUAGAAAAUAUGUGGUUACAACAAAUAGAUUUUAUCUUGUGUUUUGUUUAGCAACAGUGUCCACAUUUUGGGCAUGGUUUGUUAAAACACCACAGUAAGUGUCCCAUGCAACAGGCAUGACGAAUUGUGCUUUAACAUACCGUUUCUUUAUUUUCCAAAGUUUAUAAUAACUGUGAUCAGCCACUCAGUAAUGUUUUAAAUACAUAUGUAUAUAUACUUCAGUGAAUCGUUAAUUCUACACAUUAUUAAAAAAAAAAAUAAUGGUACUUUAUACUAUAUUGCUGCCUUAAUAUAGAUAAAUUUAUUUUUGGGAAAAAUGUUUCCUAUGUCACAUUUAUUUUCAUAAUUACUGCAGACUGCCUCUGCAAAUAAUUGUAUUGUACAUUGUAACCUUCAUGUUGAAUCAAAUGCAGCACUUUAAAUUUUGGUAAAACCUUUCAAAAAAAUGCAAGCAAAAUUAAUUAAAAUAUUUUGUUUGAUGACAUGCCACCAGCCAUUCAAGAAAUGUCUGUGUCAGUUUGACUGAAAUAUAACUCAUUCAUGACUAGACUGCCUUUGAUUAGCUGUUGCCAAAACUGUAAUAUCUAUUAAAAGGUAUUUAAGGUUAAAAUUGUUGCAUCUAUUUGCAUUUACGCACAACCGUUGCCCAAAGAGAAAGAAUGUGAUGGUUUAGUCAACAAUACAAUUAUUUGCUGUUGAUUAAUAUUCCAAUUUACUUUCUAUGAAUUUUGCCUUCAAUUUUUAAAACUGGUCACAUUGUAUAUGGUAAAGUAGUCUAAGAUUUGUUUUGUUUUUUAAGUGCCUAAUAAUCUUCAAAGGUUGUAUUGUUAUAAUAUACAUGCAUUCAUUCAUUAAGCUAAGACAUUUUUUGCUAGGGUAUUUAAACCUGCAUAAAAUUUGUAUUUUAUAAAUAAGUUUACGUAAAUAUGGAUUUUUUUUCUGUAGCUUGUACGUUUUUUCUGUAUAAUAUGUUUGUGAUUGUUUAAAUAGAUAAUGAAAUGUGUAAAAACUUUAGAGAAAGGAAAAUAUUCAAACUAGCUGCCAAAGUUUAUUGGGCGUUAAAACAAUGUACUAGAUGUAUUACAAUACAUUGACUGACAUAGACUUAAGUUAUCAUUUUGAAUUUAAUAUUAAGUGAAUGUUUAUUUAUCACAUUCUAAUGUUUCAACCUAUUUUGUACUAGAUUCUACUCAUCUUUUCACUUUGUAGUCUCAGUCAUGACAGUCUGGUAUCCGAUGACCUUAAUCAAUUGAUUGAUUGAUUGAUUAAUUGAUCUGAUGUUCCCAUUUUUGCCAUUGUGACACCACAUGAACAAACUCUUAGGACUGCGCCAUUAUAAAUAAAGCUGCACUCAGAAAUCAUUCAUAAAGAUUUUUGAGAGACUGACUUACGAAUUGAUUUUAAGAGUUUAUUGGUUUAAAAUUUAUAAUAGUGUUACUAUGUGCAUGGAUUUAUGCAUCUCAGAGGUGUAUCUUUAGAUUGCUCCCACAAUUCAAACAUAUUUAUGUCUCGUUUCACUCAAGUUCCAAUGUCCCAAUGAAUCUGUAUGAAUGAUCUUGGAGUGCAACAUGAGUGAGUGGGAGGGUGUGGUUGGCCGGAGUGUUGAGGAAUAAAAAGUUCUCACUGACUUUGAAUUGUCAAAUUUUUAACAAAAAAACUUACAUAAUGAAUAAUCAAUAUCAAACCAUUCCCCCUCCAGAGUUUGACAAGGCAAUCUGCUUGUCUACAUCCUAGAGUUGAAAGAAAAGAGUUAGUGGGUUUAGUUGUUUCUCAAAAGACCCCAUAAUUAUUACAGUAGUGUUGUCUUGUAUGUUUUAAUAUGUGUAUUUACCAUGUAAUGUUGACGUGUACACAAUUUUUUUACAUUAUAACAAUAUUAUAUUAUUUUAUCUAUAGUGUUUCUUUGUUUUGCUUUUUAAAUAGUUGUAAUCUUUUCAAAACUCAGGAGCAUUCAUCAAAUUAGGUCCCUGCUGCUACUUUUUACCGAUAAUUUGUUGCUUUCAUUUAGGAUUCCAUGAGAGAAAAAUUGGCGGUGUUUUUAUUCCAAAAAUGAAGGGAGAAGUUAACAGACAAUGCUGCUUUGAAGUUUCAGUGAUUCCAAGAUGCAAGCAAUCAAUUCACCUUGUAAUUAAACAAGGAAUUUUAACAUAUUCUGUCUAAAAGUUUUUAGCUGAGAUUGAUGUUACUCAAUUUGGAACAAUGAACUUGGUGCUACAAAUGCAGAGUUGAGCAUUGUUGCUUUUUGGGUUCAACAGGCCAGAUAAAUAUAAAAUUUGUUCACUGUUUUCAAAUAAACCCUCAGAAAGUUUUAAAUCAACAAUUUGUGCUUGUUUUAGUACUUUGUGUUUUUUUCUUCUGCAAGGUUUGUCAAUUCAUCACUUUUACCCAGGAUUUUCUGAUUUUGUCAGAAAUUGUCACAAAAAUGGUGAAAAGUCCCAAAUCCUGCAGAACAAAAAAACGCAAAUGAUAAAAUUGGUCACAAGUAGAUGGUGGGCUCGGAUCUUGACUCAAUUCGGUACAUUUGCCGUCUUUAUCAAUGGGACUCGUAAACCCAGGAAAAAAAUAAUUCUGAUUUUGUUGGCGUGCCUGCCCCAAAAAAUUUGCACCUCAAAUGUCUUUUGAAAUCAAAAUACAUUAUGUUUGGCCUUGUGAGGGUGCAAUUGCUUGCUAAUGGCACAAAUGUUGCCAAGUUGUCAAUGGCAACAAGUGGAGUGUAAUUUACAGUGAAAAUACUUCUCUUUUCAAUCAUAAUUAGUGUUUAUAUUGUAUUGGUUGUAUGCAUCAACUCUCCCAAACUAAAAAUCCAACCAAACAAGAAACUGACUUUGUAAACUGUUAUUGUGCUAUGUUAAGAAUACACCAACGAAUCUUUGGCCACUUUAUCACUUGUAUAUUUUGUGUGAAUUUUUUAGCCAGAGAAACUUGUGUACACCAUUUUAUGCCCUGAGUUAGCCGUGCUUUCCGGUAUCAUAGAUAACUCAAAGUCUGUGUUGUAUUUGUCUGAUUAGAAGGUUUUAACAUUAUUUUUUUGUUUGUUUCAAUUUUACAUGUGAAUCUCCGAUAAAUUUCUUACUCAGAGUAAUAAUUAUUCUAUUUGAGACUUGUAUUUUUCAACAUUUGAAAUUAAAAUAUCUACGGUAAAUUAA